CGGAAGAACAACGCCCUGGCCUUGAUGCUGGCCGACGCCGACUACGACGUGUGGCUCGGCAACUUCCGGGGCAGCUUCUACGGGCGCCGGCACAAGACCCUCAGGGCGGCGGACCCCAAGUUCUGGGACUUCAGCUUCCACGAGAACGGCGUGCACGACGUGGCCGGCACCCUCGACUACGUGGCGCGCGCGACGGGUCAGGACUCGGUGCUGUACGUCGGCCACUCCAUGGGCGGCACCGCGCUGCUGGCGCUGCUGGCCGAGCGCCCGCAGUACAACGCCCGCGUGCGCGCCGCCUUCCUGCUCGCGCCCGCCGCCUACUUCCACUACGUCCGCGGCAGCUUCAAGCAGACCCGGCGGCGCAUGCGCUGGGGCUACGUGAGUAUCACGUCCUUAUUCCUGAGAUAUGGGCCAAAAGCCGGCGACAUCGGCAUGAUGAGCUCUAUGACCUUGCCUAACUUUUAG